AUGAUGUUGGUGAUUGAUAUUUCAAUGGUAUCAGCUACACUUGUAGGUUAUUUCGUGCAAAGUGUGCCGAUAUUAUGCAGUCAAACAAAACCUUGGAAACUGGGUGGUCGAGAUAUUGUCGCAGAUUCGAAGGGCUUCAUUUUACUAGUAGUAUUAAUGCCCAUGCAAUGCGAACAUUGCCACAAACAGCUGAUGAAAUUCCAAACAAUAAUGGAAACACUGCCGGAAAUAAGGAUUGUUGUUGUAGCUCCACACGAUGAGAAUCCACGUUUGAUCGAGCGCUAUCGAGAAGAAUUCUCUCGUGUUGCAGUCGGUUUGGAAUCGUUGAAUGAGCGAAUUUGGAACACGCUAUCAGGAGCUGCCCACGAUCAUUUUAUAUAUGAUCGAUGCGGUCGUCUAGCCAACAUUAUUCGCCAUCCAAAAAGUGAUAUGUCAAAGUUUGAACAUACACUUUGGGCAUUAAAAUUAGCUAUUAGCUAUGCGCAAUGUGGCUGGUGCCAGUAUGAUCCACCUCACCUGCCGGUACCUCAGAAACCUAUCGUUACAGCCUGUGCUUCCUUUACGCACAAUGGAAAUACAAAAAUGCCCUGUAUUAAGGCAGUGGUACAACCACAAAGCAAUAAAACAUACAGAAUGAGUUCGAAUCCUCGAUCUAAUAUCCCCAUGCGAACCAAUAUGAUAGCUCCAGUACGUAAUAGUCAUAGAAGAACUUCUGAUGAUUAUAUUUCUCCUCCAUCCGGUGUUACUCCUUCACCAACAACUGUUGAAAAUAAUCAGAAGACGGUGGUGCUCACCAGCAAUGAAUCACAACAACAGCAACAAGUCUCAGUGCCUAAGCAAGAACCAGCUCGACAGCAAACACAACGAAAGCGUUUAAAGUUUGCUCAAAGAAAGGUCAUAACUCGGCCAGACAAUAAUAUUUCAACAGCAAGUAAUUGGCGAGCAUCGAGUGGAUGGACAGUAUCACGUACAUUUCCCGUUCGAAUAGAUCAAAGUGGAAGUGAACAACGUGAACAACGUGAGCAAUGGAAAAAUGAACAGCAAUACCAGCAGCAGCAAAACAGAAGAAAGCAAGAGCAAGAGCAUAAAAAAGCUUUAGAACAACUGCGCAUACGACAGGAACUACAACGCAUGCAGCAGAAGCAACAGCACAUAAAACAGGAAGAGCAACAAAGAAUUUGGAGGCAGGAAGAGGAACAGAGAAGGGUUCAGGAACAACAACGAGUACAGGAAAUGCAAAGGCGACAAAAAGAACGACAACAUCAGGAACAACAAAGAUUUCAGCAACAACAAUUCGAGAGAAAAAUCGAUGAGCAACGAAAGUUGGAAGAACAAAAAAGAGUAAACGAACUUUACACUGGUUUAAAUGGUGAAGAGCGUGAACAUCGGCUUGAUCGAAACGGUGAGAACAAUUUGAGACAGCUCAAAACUCCGCUACAACAGAACAUUCAAGAUUCUGCAAUGACAACAAGAAUGACAACCUUUUUUAAUCCAGCGGCGAGAACUUCAUCUCUGUAUGAUGUAGGAGAUGAAGAAGGCGAUUAUGAUUAUUCGCAUGCGGCCAGUGAGACAACCGUUACUCCAAAUGAGGGGACGCAAAUCAGGGGUACGAAACGUCCAAAGGACUUGCCAUUUCUAUUUGAGAAUCAAGUACCAUGCGCUGCUUUUACAGAUGAAAUAUGCAUGGAGCAGUCUAAAUAUAAAUGUUGUUUCAAUGAUAGUGAAGCAAUUAAUUCUCCCGGUGAUGCAUUCAGUCGUUGUUGCUUCCACAGAUUUGUACAAAAUGAUGAUAAGUGCUGUCCAGCUCGUCGUGCCAAAUUCCAUUGGUUAACAGCACAUGAGAUAUGCCUACCUAACGUUCGGAUUGAUCUGAGUAAUUUGCGAUUUUCCGUACAUGUCCCUAAGAAUGUCAACAACAACAAUAGUAAUCAGGAAGUGAAUAAUACAAUAACAAUAGAUCUAAAUGUGGACAAAUCAUGGGAUCACAGUUGUGAGCAAGGUACCAAAGUGUUGCAGUUCCCUUAUUUACCCGAUGAUGAAUUUAGCGAUUGGAAAGAAAUCUACGAAAAUAGUGAGGAAAGCAGAUAG